AUGGCGAGCCCACGCAUCACCAAGAAGGGCAGGGUAACGCCAGAGGUGGCGGCGGCAGCCUCACCGCACACAUCUCGGCUGGUUGCGUUGCAGGCGUCCCUGUCCGGCUCCACAGAUCUUAAUCCUCUCAGCGAUCUGUUAGCGCUGAUCAUCGAACUCUCAGCACUGCCAGAUGCCGCCUCUACGCUGCUGCCCAAGAGCAUGUCGCUGCUCAUGCACUCGGUUUCUGCUUUGGUGCGAGCGAACAAGGUCCCGCUGGACGCAUUUGUAGACGCAGAAGGAAAGCUCCAAGUGCAUGCGCACAACGAAAAGGACGCGAGCUUGACGUUCAAAAAGUGGAUCUCUGAGCGCUUCAACGAGAGCGUGCAAUGCUUUUGCGCGCUUCUUGGACACGAAGCUGAGCAUGUUCGGCUGCUCGCCCUCAAAUACCUUGUGGCGCUCCAAGUCAGCUGUUCGGCCUGUCUUACUCAUCUACGCAGCAAGCCCAACGCACAUGCUACCCUUGAUGCACACACGUCUCUGGGUCAAUGGGCGUCUGCGCCUUUUAGGGCGCUCAUGCUUGUUCUGCUCGCUGGUCCCAAGAAAUCCGCACUCGCAGCGGAUGUGAGAGACGCUUUCGUCAAAGAGUAUUUGGAGGAGUACGACGAUGUUCGCCUGGCGGUGUGCAGGGAAGUCAGAACCAUCUUGCACGCCAUUCCGCCAUCGCUUGCAGAGUCGCGGCUACGAGAGAAUGGCACCGAGCUGCUGCUCCACUUGACUGAAAUUCCAAAGGUCGUCCAGGACCUCAACACCUUUAUCGUGCCGCAGCUGCAACAGCCUCCCCCUUCGUCUGACGCACCCGAUGCCAAGGGCAAACGCAAAAAGUUGCUGGCAAGCGCCUCGCGUGCAUCCAAAAAGCAAAAAGUCGUCGACGCAGGUGGGAGCGAGAAUGAGAGCGACGAUGAAGCGGAGGAGGAGGACAUGCAGGCAUGGUUCUCCGACUCGGAAGAUGAGGAGCAGGAAAAGACACGCACUGGCAACGGCCAGGGCGUCAAGGGAGGACCCGGGCCUCGUCGCGAUGAGCCAGAACAGAUUCGCGCCGGCACUCACACCCCCACACAGGGCUCAUGGUCAUCGAUGGGCCGAAAGAGGAGCCGCAGGGCGCCACCGUUUCACGUGUGUGUGCACAACCUGGCUGCGCACAAAGCCGCUUUUAGUGCGGCGUGGUACGCAGUGUUGCUCCCUCGACGCGAUGAAGAGGGUCGCAUAGCAGGCGGCUCCAUUCCGCAGCACGUCAAUCAUCAAGUGCUGCUACGCUUCCACAAUCAAAUCUUGCCGAAUCUGUCCAAGCCGAGACUCGUUGUGGACUGGCUCGUAGAUUGCCUCGAAGCUGGUGGAGCGACCUCUCUGCUUGCAUUGAACUCGCUCUACACCCUCAUGCUCUCGCACAAUCUUCAGUACCCCUCCUUUUACAACAAGCUCUACUCGCUCCUCCUCUCCGACCCACCGUUCCUGCACGUGCGCUACCGAGCACGCUUCUUGCGUCUCCUAGAUAAUUUUCUGGCCUCCUCGCACCUUCCCGAAGCGCUCAUCGCUUCGUUUGCGAAGCGCAUGGCCAGAGCCAGCUUGAGAGCUCCACCAGCUGCGGCCGUUAGCGUCAUUCCAUUUGUCUGGAACCUGCUCAAGAGGCACAAGGGCUGCCUUGGACUGAUACAUCGCGUCUUUAACGAGGAUCGCUUCGAUCUGGGACCCAAGGGCAUCGAAGACCCGUACGACGCGCUCGAGACAGACCCGCUCAAGACUGGUGCGCUAGACUCUUCGCUGUGGGAGCUUGCAGCUCUAGGAGCCUCCUUGUCGGCGCGCGAGAAGCAAGGCGGCGGAUUGUCAGAGGGCACUUUUGCAGACGAGGCUGGAGGUCAAUCGCACUACCUGCAAGGCGUGACCACCCUCUCGCACAUCCUCGCCGAGCCCUUUCUCAAAGACAGGUGGGAUCUGGAAGACUUUUUGGACAUGACGUACGCCACUCUCUUCGAGUCGGAAAUCGCUCGCACGCUUCGACCGACGUCAUCGCAGGACGACAACAGGGCCCGGCUUCGCCCUCAAGCCGUGCCAGCGCUAUCGCACAAGCUCCUGCCCGUCGCUCAUAUCUUUCCCUCGCUCAAGGCUCAUCAAAAGAUCGACGAAGCUGCUGCAAAAGCGCGAAAAGAAGUCGAGGAGCUCAUGAAGGAGAGCGUGCCCGAAGCUCGUCAAGGAGAGGAUGACGAAGAUCGAGAAGCGCGAGAGGCGGUGUGGGAUGUGCAACGCCAAGCCAAGAUCCAGGAAGCUGAGCGCAAAGCAUUAGCAGCCGAUCAGCGAGACGUUUGCGCAAGACUUUGGGCAUUCUGAUACGUAUUUGCAGGGGCAUGUAUACUAUGGGAACCACGUAAAUGCUACAGAUUGCGAACGCGCU